UCAUCGCUCAUUCAACGACAAUCUGGAUUUGCUGGCCAAGUCCACGAGCAUCAUUUCUCAAUUCGAUACUCUAUAAUGCUGAGUUGUAUUGAUGAUCCCUUGAUAAAUUGAAUUGCCCUUAGUCGCUAAAAUGGAUAUCGAACCCUCCCUUCCCAUUCCGAUCUCGUAUAUUGGGGGUAGCUACUUUCUCUUCUCAAUUGAUGCAGUCACGUAUGUGAGACGCGAGUAUCACAUUUGCGGCGUCUUAAGCGGCACUUUGCCUCAAAUCCCACAACAGAAUGUCUUCCUGGGCUUGCCAUUGAAGCUAAUGCCGGAAGAGGCCCGGUUGCUCGUGGAGAAAGGUGUAGCAUGCAUUGUAGACGAGGUAAAAGUCCAAAAGGACGGAAUGCGAGCCCUCAUGGAGGAGGAUCGCAAGAAGUAUCUCCGUGAGCUAGAAUCGCAAGGCCAGCAUGCUAUGCGACUACAAAACGACCGGAAGGAGCAGCAACGUGAGAAGGCUUUAAAGAAAAUAGAAGAAAAGAAGGCCGCAAAGGCCAAAAAGUCUGCUGAAAAGCAGCAGCAGCAGGAGCAGCAGCCUGCCCCUCUUAAUAAUGAGGCUGCUGCUAAAGACCCGGUUGUUGACCUGUUCGCAAAUGACCAGGAGGGUUCUGGCGAAAUGUCGCGCCGUUCUUCGACUGCCACUGCUGCUCCCUUUGGCACUGUCAUGGGAGUCACGCCUGCUACAUCUUAUCCGCCUCUUCCGUAUGAGUGGUCUGCUGAGCAACAGCUACCGCUUCCCGAUGUGCCUUCCUCAUACCCAUUAUUCGCUCACCUUCAUUCCGAAGGAUACUUCUUGUCCCCUGGAUUGCGAUUCGGGUGUCAGUAUCUUGCCUAUCCCGGUGAUCCUUUACGGUUCCAUUCACACUUCCUGAGUGUGUCUGCUGACUGGGAUGAGGAGUUGGAUUUGAUGAGCAUCGUUGCCGGUGGUCGACUAGGUACUGGUGUGAAGAAGGGUUUCCUGAUUGGAGGAGCUGAGAAGAAGAUCGAGGGUUCGGAUGCUGGAGAUCCCAGUAGUGUGAGGACUUUCAGCAUUGAAUGGGGUGGAAUGUGAUCUGGACUAUCUUCGACGUCCUCUUCGGUCUUCAUUGGUCGUCUCCUGAGCUAAGCAGCGCAUGUCGCGCGCGCACCGCUUGCAGCAUAUGCCUGAUAGCUGCUUGCCUCAGUGGAACAGAAGCGUAACGUCAAAAGCAGUUGUGCGGCGUUGCGCAUCACCUUCAUGCGCUCUCAAGUCUAGCAGAAAUGCAUACGGGCUU